GAGAGAGAGAGAGAGGGCGGGGGAAAGAGAGUUGAGGAACACAUUGUAUUGACAGCGGCCGUCUCCACUGUUUCGCUUGAAGGACAACAGAAAGUGAGACGUAGACACGCUCGUGUUCACCUGGAUUUUACGUCGAGAAGGAACUUUUGGCCGUCGAGUUGGAGGAAGCUGAUGAGUGCGACAGUGUGUGUGUGCGUGUGUGUGUGUUGCGGCGGGCUCCGUUUAGCGAAAGAUGAACAAAAACCACCGAGUGCCGAGCAACCAAUCUCUGAGCUCCGUGGAGGUGAAGAGCAAGUUUGGAGCAGAGUUCCGCCGCUUCUCUCUUGACCGCUCCAAACCAGGCCGCUUCGAUGAGUUCUACGGCCUUCUGCAGCAUGUGCACCGAAUCCCCAACGUGGAGCUGCUGGUGGGCUAUGCUGACAUCCACGGGGACCUGUUGCCAAUUAACAAUGACGACAACUACCACAAGGCUAUCACCACGGCGACACCCCUGCUCCGCCUCUUCCUGCAAAGGAAAGAGGAGGCAGACUACUCUACAUUUGGCACAAACUCUUUGACACGAAAGAAACCUCCACUCGCUGCAGUGCUCCUGCGCCCUGACGCAGGAAGGAAGAAGCCAGCAGUAGUCAUCAGCCUGCCCCGAGACUUCCGUCCCGUUUCGUCCAUUAUCGACGUAGACGUGCUGCCUGAGACGCACCGGCGUGUGCGCCUUUACAAACACGGCCAGGAAAAGCCGCUGGGCUUCUACAUCCGAGAUGGAUCAAGCGUGCGUGUCACGCCACACGGCCUGGAGAAAGCACCCGGCAUCUUCAUCUCACGUCUGGUGCCUGGUGGCCUUGCCGAGAGCACGGGUCUCCUUGCGGUCAACGAUGAGGUACUUGAGGUGAACGGUAUCGAGGUGGCCGGGAAGUCUCUGGAUCAGGUCACAGACAUGAUGAUAGCAAACAGCCACAACCUCAUCAUUACUGUGAAACCAGCAAACCAACGCAACAAUGUGGUGCGCCAAAACAACAGUGGAGCUGCGUCAGGUAGCUCGGGUCGAUCCUCCGACAGUGGAGCCAGCUACUACAGCUACACGACGCCGGCUGUCAUGGCGACAACACCUGCACACAUCAUCCAGAACUUCCAUCCUGAGGAAGUGGACAGCGAUGAGGAUGACGAAGACUUGGUGAUCGAGGCAGGGGGUGACAGCAGGCUUGCCUCUAGUUCAGGCGCAGAGGCUACUAGCAUCAGCAUGUCCACCCUUCCAAGGUACAGGCCUCACCUUGACCUCCGAAACUCCAACGGGACCUUUCAGCCUACUGUUAUGAGCAGCACCAGCAUGGGGUCACCGAGGAGCCAUGACAGAGGUGUGCAUACACGGAGCCUGGAAGAGGAUGGCACAGUGAUUACACUCUAGAGACAAUAGAACAUCAACAACACCACACACAGCUGAAAUUUACACACUCAAUAUACUGUAUAAAUACAGUAUAUAAAAUGAUCCUAACCACAUUAUCCACACACAGGCAAUUCUUUGUGCCAUAGGACUAACAAUGUCUCUACUCUGAGAGACUACUGAACCCGCUCCUUAAAAAGAGCAUCUGUUUUUGUAAAUUCAGUUCAAAACUCAAAGCACUUCUCUUUAAGCACAGAGCUUUUCUUCCCUGCUGGAGGGGAUAAACACUUCCCUUCCCUGGGAGCACAGUAAUAGGUAAUGGACUUGAUGUGUGUGGAAAACAAAUAAUUGCACAUGUUUGCAGGUUUUUCUUGCCUGUGGAACUACAAAGACAGAACUCUCUCUGAGACACAAUAUCAGUGAUGACAAUCUGUUUAAACGCCCUCUCCAGAGUCAUGAUCCGAACCACAAACAAAUUUCAGUGACUUCUGCAUCUCACAAAUAGCACAUUAAACACACUGUGGUUACACUGUUCAUCUAGGAGAGGUGCGUGGAGGCCUGACAAUAGUUCAACUGUCAUAUUUGCUUCCUGGUGCGCUUUUUAUCGAACGUUGACUAAAUUUAGGAUGAUUCUAAAAUGUUCUGUUUAUGAAUGUUUCUUAGGUUUAUUAGGCCUGUAGUUGGCCACUGCUAAUGCUUUUAAUCAUUGCCAAGGGCCCAAAAAAGCAAACAUAUUUUUGUAGCAGAUAUUUUAAAAAAACAUUUUUUUUACCAUUUAUGUUUAUGACUAGGGCCGUGUCUCUGCCCUGUGUCAUCUGAUUUACGUGUUGUUGUUUUUCUUAACGUAAAACAUCACCAGAAUUCGACACUAAUGGUUGAUCUUCAACGCAGCUAACAGACACGUCCACUAACAUUUUUUUACUGUGCACUCUGAAGUGAAGUGUUUCAUGUAUGAGGAGUGUGUUUAUGCCUCUUUGAAUUGUGCUGGAUAUAAAAUAUAACACAGUAUUUUAUAACAACUUUCUUCCAGGUGAUAUGUCGUGACUUUUCAGAAGACAAACUUUGAACUGAACUCUGACCUGCAGUAGAUCACUGUGGAGCCUUUCUGUGGUUAUAACAGAAGCAGCCUAAAGAUAUGAACAUGGGUGGCUAGUGGUUUGUAGGCCUGUGUGAUGUGGGUAUUGGCUGAAUUAUUCUUAUCUCAUAAAGAUAUGCUCUACAAAGGCACCUUCUAUCAUGGAAAACACACACCUGUAUUUGUUUUCGCAUCCCUGACUCACCUAGACAAAAGUUGCAUUGUUUCCCAUUGAGGCAAGAGUCUGCUUAGUUUUAGGACCCGAGAACAAUUCCUCUCAUGCUUCUGACACUCUUGCUAAUGUAUAGACAUCUAUAAAUGAGACUAAAUCAUAAGGAAACACUUAACAUUCUACCCCACUUAACAUUCUACUGCUUCAAGAUAACACGAUUAUUGCUUUUGUAAGCUCAAAGGUGAUAUAACAAAUACACUAGAUUUUAUAUUAAUGGAUGUAAUGAAUAUACAUCUUGAAUGUGAUCAUAUUUUGAUAGACUGCUGUGCCUCCUGUAUUCUUAAACCAAUGUUCUUGGAUCUUUAUCCAUAGUGUAGGAUGUGUAGCAUUCUCCUUCUCCUCACUUGUACUCUGAUGAGAAUCAAAAACACUGGAUGACUGUGACCAGAACACCUUCCUCUCUACUUUUAUCACCAUACAUAGUCACUUUAUUAAACACACCAUUACAAAGGCUUUUCAUGGUACAUUAUACUGUACUAUGACAAGAUUGUCCUCUCAUCCUAUCCUAUAAUUCCAAGCUGUUCUUAAUUAUAACAUGAUCAGAUUGCAUUUUAGGAAGCAUUGUUUAUUUAUUUGGUUGCUAAUCACUACACAACACUUCUGAUUGUUAUCAAAGUGACUAUUUAUUUUCUAAUCAUCUCUACAGAUUUUAUUCUUUCUCCCUUUCUUUUUUUAAGAUUACAUGUAUCUCUGUUUUUUGUUGUUGUUUUUUUUUUCAGAGGAGCAUCUCUGUAAACUCAAUAUGGGGACACUUUUUAUUUUAUGGGAUUUGUUUUAAUAGGCUUUAAUUUCUUCUAGAGCAUAAGCUGGAGAUUACGUGCUGUUUUCCAUACUGUGAAUUUAUAUUAUUUCUGGAGGAGACCUGAAUGAACCACCUACUAAUGGGCUUUUUUUUUAUAUUUCUUUGUGUUUGUCAACUCCUUUUUAUUUCUUUUUUUUUUUUUUAAAUAAUGAGCAAUGAUUCUUUUGCUUGCUAGAUAAAUCCUACGGUAUAGAUUUCUACUGAAAUGACCAGUAUUUUCAUAAUGCUAUAUACUGUAAAUUAGUAUCGCAUUAAUUCAGCUGUUUAAAAGAAUAAAUACUCUAUUAAGACAUAGGUGCACAUGUAUACAUUAGUCUACAAGCUGGAUGAAAUAAACUAAUGUGUAGAAAUG